AUGUCAUUCUCCGCGGAACUUCUCACACGGAACUACGACCGCACAACCACGCUCACUAGUUUGGUGGAGCUUCACUCGCGCCUCGCGCUGACCGAUGACGGCGACGCCGUGUUGCGCGAGCUCAACACGCUCGUGGCAUUUCUCUCCACCAUUGACCUCCCUGCGCGCAAGGAGGAAGACAACACUGAAAGUCCCGAGGCGAUGCAAUUGCGAAACGAAGAAAAACAGUCGCUCAGCAUCUAUAAGGUCCUCUCGGCGUGCUACAUUUUGUGCCUCCGGGGCCUUCCGCGGGCAAAGACGUUUGACAGCGCAAACACCCUCGUGGGCGACUACUUGGUGCCGGCGGCAGAGGCCAAAAAGCCGAAAAACGCCACGUCGCGCAUCAACGCAAACCCUACGCUCGUGCUCCUCAUUGACCUCUACGCAGCGUUCCCCGCACAGGUCUCCAACCUCAACAACGCGGUGGUGUCCGCGCUCUACCGACUCUGGAAACACGACCCGGAUAUGGCCAACAACCAGAAGGUGGUGUUCUUGCUCGCCACCGCCGUCGGCAAUGCCAACGCGCUGGAUAUCCCCGAUAAGCUCCUCGCCAAGUUGGUCAAGUACACCAAGGUCCAGCUCGCGGAUACGGCCAACUCCACGCCCAUGCUCCGCGACGUGCUCCGCGUAGCUGGCCACUUGGCCACCUUCCAGAUGCAUGGCCACUACACUGGUCUCAUUGCUAGGCUUGCGAAAGGGAAGAAGGCUGCGUCACUCGAGGAAGUGCACACACAGCAGGCCGCGCACCAGGCGGCCGUUCUUGCGACGUACCUCCCAUGUUUUGUCGCGGGGAUGGUUCAUCGCGAGAAGGACAUUCGUACGACGGCGGUUGGCGUGCUUGCAACGGUGAUGUUCGAGCUUGUGCCAACCGACGCUUCCCGUGACGCGCGCGCGGGUACGCGUAGCUUUGCGUGGGAGUACAUUGUCGACUUGUACAUCACUGGAUCUGCCCACCCGCGCUUGCGCACCAGUGCCGUCGAACUAUUUAUCCAGCACACGCAACUUGCAAUCAUCCAGGACCCCCAGUACCUUUCGGCCAACACCGUUCCCGUUCUCAUCGAGCUCCUUUUCCGUAAGGUGAUCGUCCCUCUGGCAAACUGGAAGGUGUUCCAACACUGGCGCGCGGCGGUGCGCUUCCUCCUCUCGAACAACGCCAACGACUGUGGCGAGAUUACGCUCGCCGGCGGUCUAAACCAGCUCGUGCGUACGUACUUCGGCACCGAUUUGCUCGACGCAGACCCGGAGACCCCUGCGGAACCGUCCGCGCCGCAGUGCUUGCUCCUUCUUGACGUGAUUGCGGUGUAUCUUGAAAAGCUUGGCGCCAGCGCGGUCGUGUCCACCUGCAAGUUUGUCGCGCUUCUUGACCGGUUGAUCUUGGAUGCCUCCGCCGCCGUCCGCGCAAAAGCCUUACUGGUGCUCGUGCAGUACAACGCGAUUGAGGGCUAUAACGGGGUGAAUCUGUUGUGUCAGGGGUUUUUUGCGAAGGUAAAGGAAUCUGGUGACUCGGCCCCUUACGCGGCGCUCGCACUCGCAACGAUUGUGCGCAUGACGCCCGUACGGUACCUCCGCCGGGAGCUCUUGUUACAGAUCAUGAGCUACUGCACGCUGAGCUUGAAGCAAAAGGCUGGUGCACAGCUGGUGCGCGCGUGCUGCUGCUGGACGGUGCUCGCAGGCUUGAUGAUCGUGCCGAAUUCGGAUUUGGUCCAGUUGAACACGUCGCAGUUCUUAAUCUUCUGGAAGGGCUUGCUCACGCACAACUUCAACCCGCACUCGCUUGUGGGUGAGUCAGACACACCGCAGGAUGUGCAGCGUGCGGUCGCGACGAACAUGGCGCUCCGCAACCACGGCUUGGUCGCGUUGCUUGCGUUCGUGUCCCACGUGGCAGCCUCGCCCGAGGUGCUCAGACAGGUGGGCUUCAUCCUCGCCAAAGCGCUCACCUACGUCAACAGCGUGGAGGCCAGCUUCCAGGAACCCCUCAUCACCGCCACCCUUCUUGAAGACCCCUCCGAUCCCAGGAAACUCGCGUUGUACCACAAGAAGUUGCUUGUGCAAUGCUACCUCCUGAUCGCGGGCCACGUCGAGCGGCACGAAAUGAACUCCAACUUGAUGAUCUUUGCCGUGAAGAACUUUGCGGCGACGAGCUAUUUCAACGCCCCAGAGAUAGACGUCAAGCCCAAGGCAAAGCCCCAGCCGUCACACGAAGUUUUGCUUCUCGAGACGACCGACGGCUUGUGCCACGGCCUCUCUAGCAAGUACGCGGGCGAAAGCGGCCUUGCGUGGUACGCGGAGUUGGAACUGCUUGCGGUCCAGCCGGUCCCCUGCGAUACGGCCAACGACCCGAUGUGCUUUGUACUCGCGGCGACGCCUCCGCCGUUGGUCACCGAGCUCGUCGAUCUCUCUAUCGGAUUGUUCCAGGUGUCCUUCCCGUCCAUGUCAUUAAAGAUUCAGCUCCUGUUGGUGGAGACGUUACGCGCGUUCUUGUUCCAGAACGAGGCGUCGCCGCGCCUCGAGGUGGUGCACCUCAACACCGCGCUCGCGAUCCACGGGCUUGCCAAGGGCAUGCGCGCGGGCACGCGCGUGGAUACGGAGGUCGCACACUUCCUCAUGGAGACGGUCAAGAACUUGCAGAUGCUGCAGCCAGACACGGUGCGGUGCAAUGCUGAAACUCUCGCGUUGUUGGUCGCGGGCGCGGCGGGAAACGCCGCGGACGUCACCCAGCACAUUGCAACCAUCACCAAUGACAUUGUCUCACACGCGGACCCGUUGGUGCGCAGCCGCAAUGUGCUCGCGUUGGCGUGCAUCUACCAGCACACCGCGGUAGGCUUCGUGGAUAUCUACGCGGUGGUUGCACAGCUCGCGGUGGACACGCAUCCGGUGCUAAACCACUGGGCAUUGCGCGCGUUGGUGGUGCUCUUGGAGAGCCACCACGACAACCUCAGCCUUUGCACGCCGGUGCUCGAGCUCAUGGUGCGGAUUCUCACCGACGACCGAUACGGCUACGACAUGGAAUCCAUCUCAUACUCCAACAUGCGUGUCGCGCACCCCUCAGUGACGGUCGUCGCGCGUGUUGUGAAGGUGUUGGUGUCGUCGCUCGGACCGGGGGUGCGCACGUUAGGAGGUGCACGCACGAUGCUCCGCGACGUGCUCACCGCGCUCAGCCUCGGCAUCGGCGCCGGUGCCACAGACGACUACGAAGCCGUAUCCGCCGAUAUCCUACUGUUGCUCCAGGAACUUGUGCUCUACGACCCGCUGUUGCUCUACGGCCAGCUCGCAUUCUUUGUGUCGCUUAUCGACUUCCAGAUUUUGAAGAACUUGAAGGUGACGACCAACGCCGCGAUGGUCACCAGCAGCGCCAUGGACAUCUUUGUCGGGGUCAGCUCGCCGACGUUGUUCCGCUUGGCCAUCGCGUGCUACACCGAGUUGGUCAAGAUCCACGGGUGCGCGGUCAUCAGCGAGAGCAUGCGCGACGUGUUGUGGAUCGCGAUGGAUCUCCAACCGUGUGUGGAGUUGACGGCGUUGAUAAAACUCUGGGUGGAGUCUGACAAGGAUAACCUUGGCUGGUUUACCAAGUUGGUGGCGUUGUACGGCAUUCCGCGCGUGAAGCUCUUGCACGGGUUUAACGAGAAGUUGCUCAAGAAGCUCAAUGCCAGCACGAACGCUCAUUCUUCGGGGGGCGAUGCUUCGACCAAGAUUGACUUGGGCGACGAGGAGGUGGAAGGCAUCGUUGGCGAGGAGGCCGAUGACUCCGUCUCCAACAACGAGCCCGUCGGCUGGGCGAUGCGUGUGACCCUCGUGGAAAUUAUUCGCGAUCUCUUGGCGCACAGUCGCGCGAAUGCGGGAUUGCUCCAUGUGUUUUCGCUCCGGAUCCAGGACUUGGUGCGCGUCUCGUUCGUCAGCUCGUCGUCCAACAUCUUGCCGCUUCAGUUGGCCGGGAUCCAGCUCUUGGGAAUGGUCUUGGAGGUGUUUGGCAACACCGUCGACCCGUUGUACCCGAGCACGUCCAUCCUCGAGCAGCAGCAGGCCCAGAUUAUCUCAGCCAUCAUCCCAUGCUUCGGCACGGGUAGCAGCAUUGACUUGGUCAUCCGCGGCGUGGAGAUCUCCUCCAAGUUUCUCAACUUGCCGCGGAUCCGGUUCUCCGCCAAGCAGCGCGUCUUGAAAAGCAUGGUGACAUUGUUGGACGAGUUUUCCAGCAAGGAGUACGUGCUCUUCCCUCAGCUCAAGACGGUCUCGGAGUUGCAGAAGAAGGCGGUGAAGUUGACCUUAUUGGACUGCUGGGCAUUGAUGAAGCUUGCGGCGGAUGACGAAAACGACGAGUCUGAGGAGGAGGAUAUUGCCCUGGUGUUGGACGCCCAUAUGGGCGUGUUGGUGCCGAUGUGGAUCUUAUCUUUGCGCGAAUACUCUAUUGCAAAGUACUCCGACGCUGGCACUGCCGUGGAGGUGGAGAUCUACCAGAACUACUGGAUCGACUUCAUAGACGUGUUGAGCUCGAUCUUCCAGCAGGACCAGGCGGUGCUCUUGCAGUUGUUGGGCUCCGACGUUACUAGCUUCUUCUUUGCGGUGUUCAGCGGGUGCAUCGAGUCAUGCAUCCGGAACAAGAACACGGAGCGGGUGUUGAAGUGCUUGGGCAACUUGUGCCACAACAACAGCGCGGUGGGGUUUGUGUUUGAUGACGAGGUGUUUGUGGAGGUGGUUGAUUUGUUCGACCGCUUGGUGUUGGUGGGCUCGCCGCGCGAGAAAAUGUUGCUUACCAACUUGGUGUACAGCAUCUUUGACAACUACGUACGAGACCAUACCCCGGAAACCGGAGAGUUGGAGAUGAAUGAGAACAUCGACAAACUCUUUGAGUUGUUGCGGGUGGAUAUGCUAUUGAUUGUCAGCCUUCUUCCAUUCUUGCGCGAGGAAGCCAGAACCGAAACGAAGGCGGUUUCGGCUACCGAGUUGGCGUUGUUGCGCAACUCGUUCCAGAUCUUGGUGGCGAUGAUUGCCAAGUUCCCUAGUGUGGUCAAGGUUGAUCUUUACUCGUGCUUGUUGUACGUGUUUGCAGUUGUGUACGAGCACAACAACCCCGAGGUUAUUUCGCUGGUGUUGCCGCACUUGAAACAGGUUAUCGCCGACGUGAGUACGUUGGAGGUUGAUUUGGUGACCCCGUUCUACGAGGUGGUCAGACCAAAGCUCUCGUUCAAUGACGAUAGCUCGUUGUUGUCCUACAUUAUCAUUCUCACCAACUCCGACGUUCUUGUGGCGGAGCAGGAUAUGGCCGAGGUGGUGCACUUUUUGAUGCAGAACUUGACCAGUCCCGAGCCAGCGCCGCUCGGGGUUCAGUCUGCCAAGACGUUGUUACAGUUUUCCGCCAAGAAACGGGGCUCCGGCCCCUUAGCGGCGCAGCUCUUGGUCCCUGCCUUGGUUCGCCUGAUGAAGACCAGCACUGAACCGUACCACAGGCUGGUUGUUGAGUUGAUGGUGGUGUUUGCCAAGAGCUUGGCUGAUUCCAAAAACAGUUAUGCGGUUGUCAUUCCCGUCGUGCUUCAUUGUGCCGUGCAUGAUACCCUACACCGAUACAUCAAGGAACAGUUGUUGGAGUUGGUGACGCAUAGCCCGGAGGCGUUCAAGUUUGUAAUCAGUUCGAUCUUGCCUGCCAGCCAGAGACAAAUGGCUGAAGCCUUACUCAAAGCCACUGGAGCGAGUGAAAACGGAACAUCCGUUCCCGACCAAGAUAGCAGGGGCCACAUCCAGUUGAAGUCGUUUGGGAGCUAG